AUGGAAUUUCAACUAGAAGAAAAGAUACCCUCUUAUAGAAACAGAAACACAAGAACAGAUGAAGAGCAAAUUUUUAACACUCUAAAGAUUAUAAUUAAAAUUGAAUAUUUCGUUGGAAUAUUCAGAUUUGCUCUUUUAAAUGAGAAACUAGGCCGACCUAAUUGGAGAAUGAAAUCGAUAUCCAUUUUCGUCAUAACCAUAAAUUUUGUGUGGUUCUUUUCAUUUGCUGCGUACGACUUAGAUCUUCCUAGUGUUGACAAUGUUACCUCCUAUAAAUUUAUGAACUUAAUUUGCAUUAUAUUUAUGUUCCUUCAGUUCUUUGCUGGUGCGUCAAGUACUUUCACUUGCAAUACAUCCAAUAUUUGCAUUAUUAGUAUGCUUGCCAAGGUAGACACCAUGUUGAAAGUCGAAAAUCUUAGUAAUUUUUACAAAAAAUCCAGCUUGGAUACGAACGUAUACCUGGCUUUAGUUAUAACAACCCAGAUACUUGUCAAUAUUACUGAUUUCCUUACUGUACAUAUUUCAUGGGCAAUAACUGCUGGAUUCCUUGAUUUUGUGCAAAGACUGGAAAUUGCAGCCUUUUGUAUAUACGUUGGCUUACUAAAGGGCAGACUGAAUAUGGUAAACAACUAUUUGAAAACAUUUGUUGAUGAUCAAGCGAAGAAAGCUGCAACAGCCCUUACAAUAGAAUUCAAAAGAGGAAUAAUUGAAAAUUUCACUUUUAUUGGACAAGUCAGAGAGAACAACACUAAAAUACGUAAUCUAGCGAAGAUUUAUGUCAUGAUCGGACAAAUUUGUUCCAAGGUUAACGAAAUAUUCAACAUGCAAAUUCUCACGAUACUAAUGAACACCUUCAUAACUAUGAUUGACAUGAUGUGGACCUGUCUGAUAAUGUACCGAGCACCAAUAUCUUCAAAAUUGGGUGUUUUAAUUAACGUAACAGUGUCCUGCUGUACUUGGAUAUCGUUCAUAGCUAUGAAGUUGAUUACGUGUGAACGAUUUCUUUACGCGCGCAACGAAACAAAAAUUCUUGUGAACAAAAUCAUCAUGAACUAUGAUCUGCCGACGACAAUGAGAGAUCAAGCUAAAGCGUUCAUGCAACUCGUGGAGACGUGGCCGUUGCGUAUCCAUAUUUACGAUAUGUUUUCAGUGGACAUUUCGCUGACUCUAAGCUUUAUAACUGUGGCUACAACUUACUUGAUUGUUCUCAUUCAAGUAUUUAAGUUCUUUUGA